AUCUCUUCUCAUUAAAACCAAAAACAAUAUUGUAUCUUCUCUCUGUAAAAAAAAAAUAUUGUAUCUUCUCAUUUUGCCAUUCACGGAUAAAUCGGCUGUUAUUACCGCUGUGAAUCUAUAGCAGUAAUUGAGAACCAAUCAUAUCACUCCACAUCAUCACCCUCACCCAUUCCCUAUAUAAACCUUCCCCGUUCUUCUCUCAUUCCUUCAAAUCCUGCUUGAUUCUCUCUGAUUUCUUUCUCAUUUCUCCUUCUUCUUUCUUUAUCCCUCAUCGUGCGGUUUCGGGUCGGGUCCUACAUUUUCGGAACCAUCACCGGAAUCCUCAUCGACCGGAAGAAAUGACAGGAUCACUACUUGCAAGAUUACUCCGCCGAUCAUCACCGCAGCAGAGCCGAUUCAUCUGCCAGCGAAGCAUUUCUCAGUCGGCAGCGGAAAGAACAAAGGAAACCGUUUCCGUCGAACCACCAGUAUUACCGGCGUUCGAUUACGUUCCGCCGCCGUAUUCUGGUCCUUCCGGCGAUGAGAUCCUUGCGAAGCGUAAAGAGUAUCUUAGCCCUUCAAUCAUGCAUUUCUACAAAUCUCCGCUGAACGUGGUGGAAGGGAAGAGGCAAUAUCUGUUCGAUGAAAAUGGGAGGAGGUAUCUUGAUGGAUUUGGAGGGAUUGCUACGGUGGGUUGUGGACACUGCCACCCUGAUGUAGUCGAAGCUAUCAUCGAACAAACGAAAAAGUUACAGCACUCAACGGUUCUGUAUCUGAACCAUGCCGUUGCUGAUUUUGCAGAAGCUUUGGCUAGUAAGCUUCCCGGCGAUCUUAAGGUGGUGUUUUUCACAAACUCUGGAACAGAAGCAAACGAAUUGGCGAUGAUGAUAGCAAGGUUGUACACUGGAUGCCAUGACAUAAUAUCUGUUAGAAAUUCUUACCACGGGAAUGCAAGUGGCACCAUGGGGGCCACAGCUCAAAGUAUCUGGAAAUUUAAUGUUGUACAGAGUGGUGUUCAUCAUGCAGUAAAUCCAGACCCUUACAGAGGCCUUUUUGGCUCCGAUGGACCGAAGUACGCAAAAGAUGUUCAAGACAUCAUUAACUUUGGAACUUCCGGAAAUGUUGCUGCAUUCAUAUCUGAAGCUAUACAGGGAGUUGGGGGCAUUGUUGAAUUGGCGCCUGGUUACUUAUCUGCUGCCUAUGAUAGUGUUAGAAAAGCUGGAGGUCUUUGUAUUGCUGACGAGGUUCAGUCUGGGUUUGCUCGCACUGGUAGCAAUUUCUGGGGAUUUGAAGCCCAUGGUGUUCAACCUGACAUAGUAACAAUGGCAAAGGGUAUUGGAAAUGGCAUUCCUCUUGGUGCUGUUGUAACUACUCCUGAGAUUGCAAAGGUCCUAACUCGCCGAAGUUACUUUAAUACCUUUGGUGGAAAUCCUGUCUGCACAGCCGCAGGAUUGGCUGUUUUAAAAGUAAUAGAGAAGGAAAAGCUUCAAGAAAAUGCAUUUGUAGUGGGGUCCCAUUUAAAAGAGAGGCUUAAAGCGCUCAAGGACAAAUAUGAAGUAAUUGGUGAUGUAAGAGGACAAGGUUUCAUGCUUGGAGUUGAACUUGUCACUGACCGUGAACUUAAAACACCAGCAAAAGAGGAAACACUGCAUGUGAUGGACCAAAUGAAAGACUUAGGAGUGCUGAUUGGAAAAGGUGGCUAUUAUGGAAAUGUAUUCAGAAUUACACCUCCAUUAUGUUUCACCAAAGAAGAUGCAGAUUUCCUAGUGGAUGCCAUGGACUACACAUUAUCUAGAAUGUGAACUGUGAAGCUUAAAUAAGAUGCAAGUGUAAAUAAAUGUCAACCGUACUUUAUGAUGUUAACUUAAACUCUAUUAGAUUAUUCCAUCUCGACUCUAGCAAGUAAAAUUUAUAAAUUUUACCUGCAGGUUUUAGACCUAUUUAUAGUUGCCAACUGCCAUCGUAGAAAACGAAUGAGCCAACAACUCGUUGUCUCUUGGUUAUCUUUCUUAUCCCAUUUUUGUUUUUUAUUCGCUGCUCCUUUAAUUUCAUGGAAAACGAAUGAGCCAACAACUUGUUGUCUCUUGGUUAUCUUAUCUCAUCCCAUUUUUGUUUGCUGCA